GGUUUAAUGUUACGUAUUGUUAAAUAUUGAAAAUUAAAUUUAAUUACAACAGUAAACUAUUAUUUUAUCAUAAAUUCAUGUAAAAGAAUUAGAUCAAAACGUUAACUUCACUUUUCAAAAUGAAUGUAGCCCGUAAAAUUUGCACCGUACGUUAUCAAAGUAUCAAGAGGUUUUCGAGAAAAUUUACAAUAUCUGGUAAUCAUUGUGAGUCUUCAACUCAACCUCAAGUUAAAGACGAGACAUUCGAUUUCGAAGACUUGAAAGUCCUAGAACGCGUCGAGCGCCGAAAAGCUGCAAUUCCGCCAUUCAUGAAAAAUGUUUUCGUCAGUAUUUUCAACCGAGAUUUAUUAGCUUAUCCUGAGAUAUUAAACAAGGAUGAGUCGGAAGCGUUAGAUCAGAGAAUUUUAGCGCUCGAUCGUGUAUUUUCCGACCCGGAUAAAACAAUAGAAGACAGAAAAAAUGCGUUAAAAGGAACAAAAAUGUACGCAGCUCCAGUUGCGUUAACUAAUAAUGGUUUGGCGGUCAACCAUACAGAGAGUCUGCGUUAUUUAGAAACUAUAAGUACAGAUUUACAGCUUAGCAAGCAAAUAAGUGAUCAUUGGGUUGGAUUAAAGGCUUUAAAGAUUGGUUUAACAGAGGAUUUGUACCAAAAGACUAUAGAUGAUUUAAUAUCUGGUGAUAAUACGAUAGGCUUGUGUAUCAGGGAGAAGGUAGCUGAGAGGAUAUCACAAGCUGACUUUAGGACUACAGCUGAAGUUGAUGAAAGAGGUAUAUGGAGAAUAUCGGGAGAAAAGAUAUGUCUGCAUAAAUCUGAAUACUACUUAGUUUUAAGCAUAGUUGAUACCACUCGUCUUAAGAUGUUCUUAGUACAUCCCGGAGCUCAUGGCGUCAAUUAUAACGGAACAUAUGUCACGUUUCUGAAGACACCAGCAUUACCCCUAGAUAUGGCUACAGAAGAAAAUUUAGCUAAAACACUAGGUGUGUCAAGACUUUACACAGCUUUGCUAUGCAGAUCUAGUUUACUGCAAGCCGUGAAAACUGUCACUGAGUAUUUAUCACCUAGGACAUUUUCAGGUAAGCCGAUGUCAGAAGUGUCAACGAUUCGUUCAGUGAUAGGAGAUGCGCUUCUUAAUAUUUACGCGUCAGAAAGUUCUGAAUACUUCACAGCUGGUCUUCUAGAUGGAUACGUGGAGCCUGAUGCUGAACUGGAAAUGGCUAUGUGCAGGAAUUUUAUAGCGGAGAAUGGUUUAAACACUUUGUUGAAGUUAAUUGCUAUACCAAAUAUUGAAAUGAAGGAUGAAUGUUUACAAUUACUGGAGAAUAUGAGAUCUUUGACGUUAACAGGAGAAACUACGGACAGUGUUAAUAUGUAUAUUGCAUUAAAUGGAAUACAUCACGCGGGUAAAAUGUUGUCUCAAGAAAUCAAACAAAUCAGAAACCCGCUUUUCAACCCGACAUUUAUAUUGAAAAAGAUUCUCGCAGACAGACAUCAGGAGAAAGACGACCCUAAACUAAAUCUAUACCUAGCAGAACAUUUGCACCCCUCAUUACGCGCCCCCUCACAGCAGUUAGAAUACUGCGUGCUAAGGAUGAAGUUUUCUUGCGAAACUCUCAUGAGUAGACACGGGAUGGAUGUUAGUGAAGCUUUUACAGAAUUAAAUAGGAUGGCAGAAGCGGGCAGUGAGAUAUUAGCUAUGACCGCAGUAUUGGCUAGAGCAUCAAGAGCAUACUGUAUAGGUUUAAGGAAUGCUGAAGUUGAGAUGAAAUUGGCCGCUUGUUUUGUCGAAAGCUCUAAAGAUAGGGUGAAGAAAUUGUUACGCGAAGUAAACGACGGGGAGUUCUUGAAUCUGGACAGAUUUAAGACGACCUUCGGUAAGAAGGUUCUAGAGACGAAGUCGGUGUUGGCGGAAAAACCUACCGCGAGAGUGUUUUGGUAGGAAAAGUAAUGCAAAAAAAAAUUGGUAGGUUUUGGUAGAUUUUCCAAAUUUGGUAGGUUUUGGUAGAAAGUUACCGAAAUGAAUUUCAUUGUUUUGACAGGUUUUCUACCGAAAUUUGCCAGGAAGAUAUUUUUUUCUAUACAGAAAUGUACCAAUAUAGCUUUAGUAACAAAACCUACUAAAAUAUGCAAUAAUUGUUUUCUGCUUAAACAAUUUUGUAGCAUAGUAAAUUUUUUGGUAGGAAACAUCUAUAAAAUUGUUUUGGUAGGAAAAAUCUACCAAAUUGAAUUAGACUGUCGCAUUUCAAAUCCACGUUAAGAUUGAUUUAAAACACUUAUGA